UUUCUAUAUAAUUCCGACCACAAACUUCAUCAUAAAAUUUUCUGUCAGAACUUGGAAAAUAGAACCUCUCAGAAAUGGGUUCUUUUCGUUUCUCAGCUUUAAUUAUUUUGUUUUCAUUAUAUAAUUUUCUUCUAAUCUCACGAUCCUAUUCACAAACCUGCAAAACGCAAACAUUCACAAACAACAAUUUAUAUACAAACUGUUUAGACCUUCCAUCGCUCACCUCUUAUCUCCACUACACUUACGAUUCUUCCAAUUCUACUCUCUCUGUCGCUUUCCUUUCGUCUCCGUCUUCAUCCAACGGUUGGAUUUCGUGGGCUAUAAAUCCAACGGGUACGGGUAUGGCAGGUGCACAAGCACUUGUUGCUUACAAGGAUUCAAAAGGAGCCAUGACUGUCAAAACAUAUAACAUCAGUUCUUACACGUCUGAUUCUGUUGUUCAACAGAAAUUAGCUUUUGACGUGUGGGAUGAACGCGCCGAGGAAGAGAAUGGUGUUAUGAAAAUGUAUGCGAAAAUUAAGGUUCCGGCGGAUUUGUCGGCGAAAGGGACGGCGAAUCAAGUUUGGCAAGUGGGACCUAGCGUGGAUGAUAAAGGAGUGCUGAAACCUCAUCCUAUGGGUGCUUCUAAUUUAAAUUCUAAAGGAACAUUAGCUUUGAAUGGUGGUGAUCAAACUACUGUUGUUACUGGUGGUGUUGAUUCAAGGACUAAAAAGAGAAAUAUUCAUGGGGUGUUGAAUGGUGUGAGCUGGGGGAUUUUGUUUCCAGUUGGAGUUAUAAUUGCAAGGUACUUGAGGACUUUUCAGUCUGCAGAUCCAGCAUGGUUCUAUCUACAUGUUUCCUGUCAGGUUUCUGCUUAUGCAAUUGGGGUUGCUGGAUGGGCGACUGGUUUAAAGCUUGGAAGUGAAUCAAAGGGUAUUCAAUAUACUCCUCAUCGUAAUAUUGGGAUUGCUCUUUUUUCUCUUGCUACGCUACAGAUUUUUGCAUUGUUCUUGAGACCGAAGAAGGACCACAAGUACCGAUUCUACUGGAAUAUCUACCAUCAUGGUGUUGGAUAUGCCAUACUCAUUCUUGGCAUUCUGAAUGUGUUCAAAGGUCUAGAUAUCUUGCAACCUGAAGGGAAAUGGAAAUCUGCUUACAUAGUUGUGAUUGCUGUCUUGGGUGGGAUUGCUUUGUUGCUGGAAACAAUUACUUGGAUUGUUGUCUUGAGAAGGUCUAACAAGUCCACCAAGCCUUAUGAUGGAUACAACGGCAGGCAACAGCCGUUGAAUACAUGAUCAUCUUAUUGAUUCUGCUUAUUGUAGUUGAUUAUAAUUUUGUAAUAUCAUUUUAUCAAUUUGUUCGAGAUUCUACUAGCUAGGUCUGUCUUUUCUUUUUUAGGAGGCUUUCCUUUUUUCUUUCUUUCUUUCUUUCUUUUUUCAUUUUUUCCCUCUCUUUUUGCUUUAUUUUUUUCUUUUUUUUGUAAAAUUGUCUGGUUUUCAUUUGGUACAGAUGCGUGUGUUUCAGCUGUGUUCCUCCUUUAUGUUUACAGAUUAGGAGAUAUAAUUUUAUGGCAUGUACUUAAGUGAAAUUUAUUUAUGACUUUUCUUCCUUC